AUGACAGGAUUUUCCGCGUUAUCGCACGUCGAUCUAUCAUCAAUCCCAGGAGCCCCCUCGCCACGAGCAGCCCACACCUGCGAUGUCGUACAAAAUUUCCUGGUGGUAUUCGGAGGAUGGUCAGGGCGAGAGGCGCUGGGCGACGCCUACGCGUUCCACCUGAAGAAGAAGAGGUGGUACCUCCUGAACCUAAGAGUGGUGGAGUACUCCAGCAGAAGAGGAAAACACGUUAACCUGGUGCUGGAGAGAAACAACCACGCGUCCUCAGUGUAUAACAAUGAGCUGUAUAUCUUCGCAGGCCACGACGGAACACAGUGGCUGUCAGAUAUGUUCGCAAUCGACGUGGGAGGACUCGAGGAAAGUGUGUCAGGACUGCGGUUUGGACAGUCAGUAGACGUUAAUGUGCGCGUCGUGGAGGCGACAGGGAAGGUCCCGAGUAAGCGGGCAUGCCACUCAAUGACGCUGGUGGGCCAGCUGUUCUACUCGUUCGGAGGCUACGACGGAAACCAGUGCUUCAACGACCUGGAGGUGUUUGACCCGACGCUGGGAUCGUGGUCACGUCUGAGUAAGCCGCACGGAAAGAAGCCGCCAGCAAGAAACGCACACACGAUGGUCACGGACGGACGCAACCUGUAUCUGCUGGGAGGACACAGCGGCUCAGUACACUUCGACGACAUACACAUGUACUCAAUCAACUCGCACACGUGGACGUCGCUAAAUUUUGAAGGACGCGUGCCGCCGGGAGUCAGAGGUCACGCGUGCUCAUUCCACAAGGGGGAGAUAUACCUCUUUGGAGGAUAUAACGGAGACGUGCCCUUCAACACGCUAUACGUCUUCAACCUGAGAAGCUCGACCUGGUCGAUCCAGGACGUAUCGUACGACGAAGCAAUAGAAAGAAGGCAGCGCGCAACGAUGGUGACGCUGUCGGACGGAUUGUACAUAUUCGGAGGCUUCAACGGCUCGAACUGGCUUAACGACCUGCACUCUAUUAAAUUCUACAAUACAAUUUUAAGUAAGUUGAGCAAUUCAGAUGGUUCUGCUAAAAAUAUCUUUUUAGGUGGUACCAAUAACCUCAACUGGUUCGUUAAGAACAUUGGAAACUACAUGAAUGCCGACAGUUUCUCCGACGUGACAAUAUAUGCAUCAGGAAAAGAAAUACCAGCACACAAAGUAAUACUGGCAGCUAACUCAACAUAUUUCUAUGACCUGCUUUCACACCAAGACCACGAAGAAGAAGCGAGAGAGCGGAGAAGAAGGCGCCACGCACAAAGGCCGAGAGUAAUCAUAAGAAGACAGAGAAGGGAAAUACGGCCGAAAAAAGCAAUCGUGGAGCUGAACGAAUGGAGCUUAGAUAGCGUCAUGAAGUUAUUGGAAUUCUUGUACACAGCGAGAGUGGAGGACCUGAGCAACAGCAACCACUACAGAGUGUGCGAAAUCAUGGGACUGGCAGACGCAUGCUCAGUAGUGAGGCUGAAGAACCUCUGCGAAGAAAUACUGGUGACGAAGCUGGACAUAGAAAACUCGUGCUACCUGCUUAAGUACUCGAAGCUGUACAACGCAGACUACCUGAGACAGUGCUGCUUUGAUUUCAUAUCAGAAAACGCAGCAGACGUUAUGCUAACACCAGGAUUCGAGGACCUAUCGUCAGUGCCCUCGCUGGUGUUGGAGCUGGCGAAGCUGUCAAUAAACAAAAUGAGUUGA